AUGUUGUCAUACUCUAAAUCUUCCUCUGUUCCUUCGAAAUUAAUCAUCGCCUUAUUUUUAUUCUCCGCUUCUUUCCUUAUAAAUGAGGCCUCAGCAGCUUUUAGGGCGGUCCUGGACCAAUCUAUGAAUUACCUGUGCAAUGCAUUAGAAAAUGCGCAACAACCAGAAGCAAGAUCAGACCAAUGGAGACAAAAUGAAUGGAACAAGUGGGAAGAUAAGCUUGAAGAGGAAUGGGCAGAAUUCGAUGAAAAUUUAGAAGAUGAAAAGGAUGAACUAAUCAAAAUGAAUGAAAAGGAAUGGGGACCAUGGUUCGAAAGUACCAAGAAAAAAUGGAUGAAUUUCGGGAAAUAUAUAGAUGACAAAUAUAAAUGUGAAGUUUUAAAAGAAUCAUUAUAUUGGAAUGAAGUUGCUUGGAAAACAUGGAUUAAAACAGAAGGAAGAUCAUUUAUAGAAAAAGAUUUGUCAAUGUGGUUUGCUUCUAAGGAGUCCUAUCUAUAUCGAUGGGUUUCGAAAGAAUGGACCGAAUGGAAAAAUGAAAAAAUUAAGGAAUGGUUCAACAGUAAAUGGAAGCGUGAAGAAAAUGAAUACUGGACGAAAUGGGAGGAAAAAAAAUUAAAGAAAUCAAAUAAUUCAUCCAAAAUAGUAAAUACAAAAGAUUACAAGAAGUGGCUCAUGUGGAAAGAAAAAACACAGCAAGAACUGGAUAAUUGGCAUGAGUGGGCAGAGUUUAAAGAUAAUAUUUAUAUAAAUUCGAACUGGGAGAAAUGGAAACAGUGGAAAAAUGAAAAACGCAAGUUGUUUUAUAAUUGGGUGGAUUCUUAUGUGUGGAAAUGGAUAAAAGAAAAUCAGUGGAUUCCUUUAAUAGAAGAAAUAAAACAAUUAUCCCCGUCUAAAGCUGACUAA